CAAUAUUGUAUCAAUACCUGACUAGACUUGUCUCAAGAUGAAGUUUACAAGUAGAAGUACGUAUUUCUUACAUAUAACUAUUUGUGUAAUAUCAACAGUGUACGCCCUUUCAGAGGUCAACGAAAAGUGCAUUGCUGCAAACAAUGGGAGUAUCUCCAACGAAUUCCUAAUAGGUACUUGGCAUAAGGUCUACCUAUACAAACUUGACGGACCAGUACCUACAUGUACGUGCCCCAAUGUGACGUUUUACAAACCAACACACGCAGAAAUAGAGGAGUACCGACAGAAGUAUAAGGCAACUGAGUUACCUCAAACAAUUGGUGAUGAUGCGAUAGUAGCCGAUAGAGGAUAUAUAAAAGGCCUGAUACUAGGACAAGGAGAAGCAAAAACGUAUAUAUUAGACCCAAAAUCUGCUAUGAUUCUGAACAUGGAAGGAUAUGAAGUGUAUGUAUAUAGACGACUUAGUGACAAGUUUGUGUUCUUCUGGCGAUGUGCUUUGAGAGGUCAUUCAAAGUGGUUGAUGACUAAUGACAGAAAUGCCACGGAGGAAGAAAUACAGCAAAUUAUUAAAGACAGACCUGAGGUUUUUAAUAAGUAUGGACAGCGAUUCUGUAAACAUAUUUGUUAUUGAUUUUGAUAUGAGUUUGUAUGUACCAUAAACUUUUGCAUAUUAA